AUGGAAAAAGUGGAGGGAGGGUUCCAUAAAGCACUUUUAAUGACCCUUGAGAACGGGACCGAAGUCGUUGCCAAAAUUCCUUGUCCAAAUGCGGGUCUCCCGAUGCUUUCAACCGCGUCCGAGGCUGCAGUACUAGAGUUCGUAGUCCGGACACAUACAACAAUUCCGGUCCCCAAAGUUUUGGCCUGGAGCUCAGAUUCCAAAAACCCAGUUGGGGCUGAGUAUAUUAUAUUGGAGAAGGCGAAGGGCGUUCAAUUGACGAAAUUUCCAGCCUAUGGGAAUCUUUACUUUCGACACUCGAUCCCAAACCUGCCGCAUGUGCCCCUAGACAAGGAGCUUGAUCCAUCUAGUCAAUACUGCAUCGGGCCAGCAGCCAGCCUCCAGUGGGCUGAUGGAGGUAGAACUCCAGAAUACAGCUCAGGACCUUGGAUGAAUCUGCAAGAGUUUGGGGAGUCCCUUGCCAAACGCUGUUUAUGUAAAGGAUUUCCUACUGUGAGGGCUGCAGGAUGUCGGCCACCAAGUUAUGGUACUCCAUCUUCCCAUAAGUCGGUUCUGGAAUCCGCGAUGAAUAUCCUACCGGCAGUCUCAAGCCACCCAAAUUUGGUAAAGACCUCUACGCCUGUGCUCUUACACCCGGAUUUACACAUGGGGAAUAUCUUUACCACAGAGGAAAGUAAGGAUACCAUAAGCAUUACCGGUAUUAUUGACUGGCAUUCAAUUUCGAUUGCACCGAAGUUUUUACAAGCGCGGUGGCCGGUAUUCCUUGAACCUUUAGAUAGUUACACCCCUGGCUUGAUAGAAAAACCUGAGCCGCUAUCUGGGCUUGAAGAAAUGGAUGCUGCGGAUAGAGCAGUGGCCAAGGUCACCUAUGAGCAGAACUACCUCGCAAAGGCCUAUGAGGUGUGUACAGGCGCCUUUAAUACCCAUUUGCAUACUGCGUUACUGGUCCCAUCGGCACUGAAGGAAAUAUAUAUACGCUGCGGAGAGACAUCUGUUGAUGGGAUUUUCCCCCUUCGCUCCUGCUUAGCUGAGUUAUAUAAAUACUGGUCGGAUCUAAGAUUCAUGGAGCCUUGCCCCAUACAUUUUACUGAAAGUGAGCUUUCACAGUACGAGGAAGAACUUGCAAAAUACGAGGAAUGGAAUGAUCUCCAAGUUCUGGUUAAAAGAGCGUUGGACACUGAUUCGGAGGGCUGGAUAUCUCCCGUAUUUGACUGGAAUGAAAAGAAAAACCAACAUGUAGAGCUAUACCAGAUGUUCGCGAAAAAAAUGCUGGCCGAAAAUAAAACCAUCGAUGAAAUCAAGCAAAUGUGGCCCUUCCCAAUUAGCUCAUAG